CGCUUGUUCGCUUUUUGCUGCUUUUUGGACUGCUUUGCCGUGCCUGCCUCGUUUGCAAGCUUGUUCGUACCUACCGUUGGAAGAACUGUGCCAUCCUGUUUGUCGACUCCGGCGGUGCUCCCUGCCUACGUACCCACCAAUCUACCAACGGCUCGACACGCGCGCGCGCACCGCAAGCGUUUUUCGAUACAAUUGAGUGAGAGACAAUCGCGCUCCAAGCCUGCAACAUGACGGAACAGAACCACGCCCGGGCGAUCGUGGCGCGCGGCCCGCUGGGUGAAGGCGGGUGGAAGAUGGAGGACGUGCGGCUGCGCGAGAUCGCAGACGACGAGCUGGUGAUUAGAGUCGUGGCAUCCGGCAUCUGCCACACGGAUAUCAUCACGGGCAGCCAGAAGGAGGGACCUGGCGUUGUGUACCCCUCCGUGAAAGGGCAUGAAGGAUCCGGCUACGUCGAGCGGGUGGGUGCUGCCGUCACCGUAGCUCAGCCCGGCGAUCCCGUGCUGCUGUCCUUUUCCUACUGCGCAGAUUGUGCCAUCUGUGAAUCCGGGCAUCCGGCUUACUGCACCCGGUUCGGAGAGAUCAACUUCGUGGGCGCGCCCAACUUUUCCUCCGCGACGACGCUGCCGAAUGAACAAGCGGACCUUUUCGGUGGGUUCUUCGGGCAGUCGAGCUUUGCGAGCAAGACCAUUGUAAAGCAAAAUUCUGUUGUCAACGUCAAGGGGCUCGUCGCCGACGAUGACCUGAAGAUGCUGUGUUCGCUGGGCUGUGGAGUUCAGACUGGGAGUGGAUCCAUCACCAACCUUGCAGAGGCUGGACCGACGGACACCGUAGCCGUAAUGGGGGUUGGUGCUGUUGGUUUGAGCUCUAUAAUGGGUGCCAAAUUGCAAGGAUGCCAGACCAUCAUUGGCAUUGAUAAAGUCGCCUCGCGCCUGGAGCUGGCAAAAGAGCUGGGAGCUACCCACACCAUCAAUACGGCCGGCAUGAAAGACCUGUCUGAAGUGGUGAAUGCCGUCCUAGAUGUGACUGAUGGCCUGGGGUCCUCCGUCACCGUCGACACGACGGGCUUUGUGCCGUUGAUCUCCAAGGGUGUAGAGUUUACGCGCAUGAGGGGCAAGUUGAUCCAGGUCGGCCUCCCGGCCUUCGACGCGACAUUGAGCAUCCCCAUCACCAUGUUCAUAAUCACGGGGAAGCAGUACAUUGGGUCGAUGGAAGGCGACGUGGUCCCGUCCGAAUACAUCCCGAAACUUCUGCAAUGGUACGGGGAUAGCAAGCUGCCGCUGGAGAAGAUGACGCGAUUCUACAAGGCGGACGAGUGGCAGAAGGCCAUUGACGAUACGCACCAUGGCGACGCGGUCAAGGCGGUGAUUGUGUGGUGAGCGGGAUUGGAUUGGGAGAUGUCGUCCGGCUUCGGAUUUUAGAGCGAGAACGGCGGACGUAGAACCGGAUGAUCAGGGUACGAUGAUAGGAUCGACAUAGUCUGACGAAGCAUCAGAUAAUGGUGAGAGGCAGGCCUGGCUCCACAUGAGCACACGAGGUGGAGAUGAUCGAGCGAUAUCGCGAGCAAAAUGAGUGCAGCGCGGUGGACGGUGCGGAAUGUUUGGGGCUCGGGAGACGCGUUUUGCAGGCAUGGCGCGUCGCGAUCCGCGGUGGACCGUGCUUGGCAUCGAGUUCAGCCGGGUCAGGAACAGAUGGAAAGCUGGGCAAACAGCGUGUAUUGGACGCCGCAAAGAGGGAGGCUAUCGAGGCGUCGACAGGACGGGCAGUGCUAGGCUCAGAAGAGCAAUCCGCAUGCAAGAAUGCACGCGUAAUGAACGUUUGUCCCCCGCG